AGAUCGCACCCACAAGCCGGCCUGCAUCAUGAUCAUCAUUCUGUACAAUGUAGUCGGGAGUCCUCCCUGCAACUUGGUGCGUUCACUCGCCAAGCACGCAGGCAUAGGGCUUAAGCUCAAGAACCUGGACUUCGCCAACAAGGAGCACUUAGGAGAAGAAUACCUCAAGAUAAAUCCAUUCCACAAAGUACCUGCGAUUGACGAUGACGGUUUUGUAGUCUAUGAGAGCAAUGCUAUCGCCUACCACUUGCUGCGCAAGUACGCCCCUGAGUCGGAACUGUAUCCGGCCUGCAUUCAGACUCGUACCCGUAUCGACCAGAUUCUCUCAGCCAUUGCCACUACGAUCCACUCUGCAACAUCUGUCUUCAUGCGUCCUCGAAUUUUUCUAAAGACCAAGCCGACAGCCGAGGAGUUGGCGGAAUUUGAGCAGAAUGUCGUCAGAGGAUUGGAGCAUCUCAUCGGGGACGACAAGUUCGCGGUCGGCGACAACUUCACUCUUGGUGAUAUGGCUUUAACCACACGCAUCAUUGUGGCUCUUGAGAAUGGUUUUGUUGACCCUUCGAAGUUUCCCAAGCUGGCACGCUAUUAUGACCGCGUCAAGCGAGAGCAGCCUUAUUUCGAGGAAAUCUACAGGCCAGCUAUUAACCACGUGAAGGAACUCUUUGGAAAGCUGAAAUAG